AUGGACAUUGGCAUCGCGCCCAUGGAAUCGAAUUUCAUCCCUAUUACCAGCGGAGCCUCCCUCCCUCAUCACCUUUCUUCCGUCAUACCGCUCGACAUCCGUUGCGCACUGGGUCAAGCAUACUACGCCGCAGAACAGGCCCGAAGCCACUACAAAACCCUUCAGAAAAACAUCAGCAACCAUCUCUACCGACUUUGCCGGGUCGACGACACUUCCGACUUCCAUGAGCACUGCUCUGCAAUCGACCGCUUACUCGGAUGGGGCCUGGUAGGCGCGCGAUCUAAUAAUACCUCCAAGUUGGGAGUCACGCUCACCGCAACGGCCAAGAUACCGAGCUUCGUGCUGAGAUUCCACAUUGACGAAGCGGCGUACAGAGACUAUGCCAAACGCCACCAGGCCAUGAGGGAAUCCUUUUUCAAGGGGUCGCUCUCCUACUGGAGACAGACUAGACGCAAUUGCGAAGUGAUCUUGCACAAGGCCAAGAUCUCUCCGAUGGACAAGAGCAUGUGCUGGGACUGGUGGAAUAAGUUUCUUGCAGAGGUGGCGGAGUGGGAAUCGAAGCUCGAUGAUCUCGUCGUUCCUGAAUGGGAUGCCGUGCUUACGAAACUGUCGGCUUUGGUCGAAGAGAGAGUGGAUCUGGGGGAUCAUUGGGCUGGGGCGGCGAGACGGCGGGCGAUCAUGCCAGAGGCGCUGUUGCCAUAUGGCGGAUAG